UCCUCCUCUGGGAAGAAACCAACGGAAGAGACGAAGAAGAAGAAGAAGAAGAAGAAGAAGGAAAAGAAAAUGGAAAAGGAAGUGAGAUGAAAAGAAGAAGAAAAAGAAGAAAAAGAAAGAAAGAAAGAAAAGAGAAACUAAGAGAAUAUAGAGCGAUUGUUUUUCUUCCUUUUUAUCUCCAUUCGUUCGUGCGUUCGUGUGUGCGUUAACAUGUCGAAUAUGUACCUCGCGAUGUCUUCCUGUAUAUGCUGCAGGGUUAGAAGCCACGACGGAGCCGGGCUGACGAUUCGCAUACCCAGAACUCUUACCUCCAUUCCGCCACCCCUGGUAUCCCCCCCAGACGCCCCCACUGCCCCACGCCCCCCACCAAGAGCAAGUCCCUCACAACCAGCAUGGACAAACUGAUGCAGACUCAAAAUGGUGGCAGCGGUGGGAUAUCAGGCGACUCGUCAAGGCCUUGUUCGAGAGGGUCCACUCCAUCCACCCGGCGUCUGACCCCCUCCAGGCACCCCAGAACACCCCCACGCACCCCAGACCCAGAUGAGCGGGCGGGCGCCACCUCCCACUCCCCCUCCGGCAGCGAAGUCUCCCUCCACUCCGCCAAAUCAUCCACCUCGAACGUUUCCACCAAAUCCAACGUUUCCACCAAAUCCAACGUUUCCGGCAAAUCGAACGUUUCCGGCAAAUCCAACGUUUCCGGGCGGGCCUCGAACGUUUCCGGUAAGUCGGGUAAGUCUGCCAACGUUUCCACCAGGGCGGGAAGGUUAGUAUCAUCGGCAUCAUCGGCGUCCUCGGGAAACGUUUCGGGAAAGUCCGUCUCGCCCACAAACGUUCCCCCAAGGUCAAGUUCACGGGCAAGGUCAAAGGAUUCAGCCUCAAGGUCACCCAUCCAGAGAAAGGUCAGCUCCACUACUGCUGCCACCACCACCACCUCCACCACCACCACCUCCUCCACCACUCCACCAGCUCGUCCACAUAACCACCCUCGCCGCCGAAGCCUCCAUGAUUCUGCUGCUAAUGGCAUGGCCAAUAGUGAGGGUGGUGGCGGGGGGGGCAGCUCCUCCUCCUCCUCCUCGCGCCGCACCACCCCGCCGCCCCGGUCCGGCCCCGCCACGCCCACGGGCACCCCCACGCGCAUGCACCCCGGCCACCCGCCCGCCCGCAAGCCACUCCCAGUGUUCAACUCCUACAUGAGUCUGUUUCAGGUGCAGGAGAAGCUGAAGAAGGGGGAGGUGAUUGAGGGUGUGCUCCGUAUCAACCCCAAGAACUACGAGGAUGCUUAUAUCAGCGCGCCGGACGGGGGGAUGGACAUCUAUAUUGGCGGGGUACAUGAUCGGCACGCGGCCCUACACGGGGAUGUGGUGGCGGUGGAGCUGUUUCCGCCACACCAAUGGAAGGUGCUGUAUGAUUCGCUGGACGAGUACCUCUCUGGAAACCCAUCCCAGCGCGACCUCGUGCUGGGAACAACCACAACAACAUCCACCACAAUCACUACCACACACACGACACAGCCACUACAGGAAACAACCACUACCACAGCUACCACUACUACUACUACUACUACUACUGCUACUGCUGGAAGGGAUAUAGCUGCUACUACUACUACUACUACUACUACUACUACUGCUUCUGCUGUUAGGCUGAAAGAUGCCAGAAAUAUUGCUAAUAGGCCUAAUGUUAAUAGAGGAGGAGGAGGAGGAGGAGGAGGAGGAGGAGGAGGAGUGGUGGAAGACUUAGGGCAAGGUGACAGUGAUGUUUUGAUAGAGGAGGAGGAGGAGGAGGAGGAGGAGAAGAAGAGAGGAAAAGGAGGAGGAGGAGGGAGGAGUGAAGGGAAGAAGAAGGAAACGGCGAGUAAGAAGAGGAGGAAGCGGAGAGGAAGAGGGAGGAAGAAGGAGAAGAAGGAGGAGGAAGACGGAGGAGGAGGAGGAGAAGUGAUUAAAAAAGAAGAGGAGGUAGUGGAGGAAAUUCAAAACCUAUCCACACAAAUCGACACUCUGACCCUUCUACCUUCCUCCUCCUCUUCCACCUCCUUCCACAUGCACCCAAAGGAAGAGGAGGAGGAAGAGGAAGAGGAGGAGGACAGUGCCAGGCUAGGGAGGGCCGUGGCGCCCGACGAACUCAGCGAAUGCGAAUCCGUGGACAAUGAAAGUGGAGAAAGCGAAUCCCUAAAUUAUGAUCAGUUACGCGAGGAUCAAGCCUUCUUCCAGGCCCAGUGGGAGGCGUCCUUUGGGCCCGGGACACCACAGGGGGACGCCAACACCCCGGGGGAACCUCACUCCACCCCUACGAACAACCCCAACCCCAUGCCGAAAGCCACCGGGGAUACAGAGGGGUGUAAGUCCGAGGAUGUGUCGGCGAACGUAAAAAUUGAAAAGGAUGUGACACCGGACAUUGGGACCCACAGGGGGGCUUCCACAGGGGCCCAGGACACCCCCAAGGGAAGAAGGGACGCUGGGGAGGAUGCGAGGAAGAAGAGGAAGACCAGGGUGAGGAAGGAGAAGGGGAAGGGAAGCAAGAACGAAGGAGGGAAAAUCGAGGCGAAAUACGUUGUGGAUAUCGAAGCGAAGGGAGGAAGGAGAGGGGAUGGAGGGGGUGUGGGAGUGCCUGGGGGGGGCGGGGGGGGAGGCACAGUCACCCCACAGACCCCGCAGACCCCAAAGCACACCGGCACCCCAAACCGCACCCCACAGAAGCAGCCGAAGCCACAGCGGACGGAGCCAACCAUCGCGCAGAUCAAGCGUUUGGCCGAGUGGGAACGCUUCAUUCAGCGGACUGGACACGUGGUCUACAUAGCCGAGCGGAAACACACACGCCUUGCCGCUGGGGCCCUGAAGACCUUCCCCGACCGCAACCCCGUCUACGCGCUCUUCGCCCCGACGGAUCACCGGGUCCCGAGAAUGAAGGUCCCAUUUGCGCAGCUUCCGGGAGACUGGAGAGGACGGUUUGCGGAGGUUGUGAAGGAUCGGAUCUUCCUAUGUCGCAUCGCACAGUGGUCCGAGCCGAAGUAUGCUAUGGGUGAGUUGGUCCGCGUGGUGGGUGAAGUGGGCGACCUGGAUGCAGAGACGGAGGCGCUGCUGCUGGAGAAUGGGGUGGAGGAUGAUCCGUUUCCGCCCGCGACCUUAGUUGACCUCCCGACCCUGCCCUGGGACAUACCGGAGGAGGAAUUGUCACGGCGCACUGACCUUCGCCACGAGUGCAUCUUCACAAUCGACCCGCCCACCGCCCGUGACCUGGACGACGCGAUCUCCUGCACCCGACUCCCCGGGGGGCGGCUGAAGGUCGGGGUACAUAUCGCGGAUGUCUCCUUCUUUGUACGGGAAGGCUCAGCGCUGGAUGAGGUGGCCGCCCAGCGCGCCACAUCCGUGUAUCUGGUGGACAAGGUGGUGCCCAUGCUGCCCCGUGCGCUGAGUGAGGGCCUGUGCAGCCUGGUGCCUGGCGGGGACAAGCUGGCGGUGUCUGUGGUGUGGGAGGUGGGGGCCGGGGGGCAGGUGCUCAGCGAGUGGUUCGGCCGCACGGUGAUCCGGUCCUGCGCCCAGCUGACCUACGCCCACGCCCAGGCUGUCAUCACUGCUGCCCCUGACCCCGACCUGCCCCCCGUGGCCCCGCCCCACACCCCCGCGGCGGUGGCGGCCGUGGUGGAGGCACUGCACGGCCUGGCGGCCACACUGCGGCGGAAGCGCUUCGAGGGCGGGGCGCUGCACCUACAGCAGCCCCGCCUGGCCUUCACGGUGGACCCCGCCACGCGGCGGCCGCUGGGGCUGCUGGAGGGCGGGGACAUCGGGGACGGCCCCGAGGCGCACCACCUGGUGGAGGAGCUCAUGCUGAUGGCCAACAUGGCCGCCGCAGAGCGCAUCUACGAGGCGUCGCCCCGCCAGGCUGUGCUGCGCCGCCACCCCCCGCCGCUGCCCGGCCCCAUGCACGGCACCGUGCGUGCGCUAGCAGCCGCCGGCGUGCCCCUGGACGCCUCCUCCGCCGGGGCGCUGCAGGCAUCACUGGAGGGGCUGUCCGGGGUGGUGGCGCUGGCGGCGGCCUCGCUGUGCAGCCGCCCCAUGCAGUUUGCACGCUACUUCACGCCCGGGGCGGGGGGCGAGGCGGAGCUGCCGGCACACCACCGCCACUACGCCCUCAGUGUACCGCGGUACACACACUUCACCUCACCCAUCAGGCGCUUCCCAGACAUCCUGGUGCACCGCCUCCUGGCCCACACCCUGGACCCACCCUGCCCCGCCCCGGCCCUGGCCCCGCCCAUCCUGCCUAAGGUCUGUGAGCACUGCAACGACCGGAAACGCGCCGCCAAGACGGUGCAGGAGGCGAGCGGGGAGCUGUGCCUCGGGGCGGUGGUGCGGCGGUGCGGGGCGCUGGUGCAGCCCGCCCUGGCCCUGCAAGUCCUGGACCACUCUUUUGACGCACUCCUGACCCGCCUCGGCCUGGUCCGCCGGGUCUACACCAACGCACUCCCCCUCACCGCCACCAACUACACCCGCCCCCCUGGCCGCCCCCCCUCCCUCACACUCCACUGGGCGGGGGAGGCCGGCCGCCCGCCCCUCGUCCAGGAAGUGGCGGUUCUGACCCAAGUGGAGGUGGUGCUGAAGCCACUUGAUAACUCCACAUUAAAGUUCCAGACGGUUCUGCUCCGCCCCGCCCACUGACCCCUCCACUCCACCCCUCCACAUGCACUGCCACUCCUCCUCCACCCUCCCACACCCUCCCACUCCACCUGACAAGCUUUAGACUCCACCCACUCCACUUCGCAGCCUCAGAAGUUGUCCCACAGCCACCCACGACAACCACUCCAUCCACUCCCCUCUGCAACCUUUGAAAGUCCACCCCAGAUCCACCCACUCCACCCAGCAACCUCUCCACCCCCUCCACAACCACCCACUCCACACAGCA